ACAGUGUGGUUGUGUUCGGUUUAGGUUCAAUACGUGUUCCAUCCGUCGCUGUGAAAACCCAAAGUGAGAAAACUACAGCGACUGGGAGAGAGAAUUGAGAGUUCCAUACAUCAGAAGAAACACAAAAGUGAAGAAGCCAUUUUUCAUUCGUGGCUGUAUCAGCAGCAGUGGUGUGCACAAAAGUGAAGAAAAAACGGGAAAAUCUGCGGAAAAUGGUCCAUUUUCCUUCGGCAAUCUAGAUCCUAGAAGUGUAGUUUUAUUUUUUGUGUUUGAGUCAAACUCACAUGAGGUCGUGUAAAAUUGUGAUUUUCCAGUUUUGAACCCAUUUUUUUUCGUAAACCUAAGUGUAGAUUUUUUAUACUAUCCGGAAGUCUCUGCAUUCCGGUGUUUGAAUCAGAGUCUGAAAACUAGACAACCGCAGCAGUCAAAUCGUGAAAAUGUCGGGCGACCGGGAGAUUCCAGCUGAGGAUAGCAUCAAAGUGGUGUGUCGUUUUCGACCACUAAACGACAGUGAGGAACGAGCCGGAUCGAAGUUCAUAGUAAAGUUUCCGUCUGGACCGGAGGAGAAUUGCCUCUCGAUAGGGGGCAAAGUUUACCUCUUCGACAAAGUAUUCAAACCGAACGCCACACAGGAGAAGGUCUACAAUGAGGCGGCCAAGUCGAUCGUCUCGGACGUACUGGCCGGCUACAACGGCACCAUAUUUGCCUACGGUCAGACGUCGUCCGGCAAAACGCACACGAUGGAGGGCGUCAUCGGCGACCCGGGAAAGCAAGGUAUCAUUCCGCGUAUCGUUAACGAUAUCUUCAACCACAUCUACAGCAUGGAGGUGAAUCUGGAGUUCCACAUCAAGGUUUCCUACUAUGAAAUCUACAUGGACAAGAUCCGGGACCUGCUCGAUGUUAGCAAGGUGAAUCUGAGUGUGCAUGAGGACAAAAAUCGGGUACCGUACGUGAAGGGUGCCAGCGAACGGUUCGUGUCCAGUCCAGAGGACGUGUUCGAGGUGAUUGAGGAGGGCAAAUCCAAUCGGCACAUAGCGGUCACCAACAUGAACGAGCACUCGUCCCGGUCGCACUCGGUGUUUCUGAUUAACGUCAAGCAGGAAAACCUGGAAAAUCAGAAGAAACUUUCCGGUAAGCUAUAUCUGGUCGAUUUGGCCGGUUCGGAGAAGGUCUCGAAAACCGGUGCCGAGGGUACGGUGCUAGACGAAGCGAAGAACAUCAACAAAUCACUGUCGGCGCUGGGUAAUGUGAUUUCGGCGCUGGCCGACGGCAACAAGACGCAUAUUCCCUACCGUGACUCGAAGCUAACUCGAAUCCUGCAGGAAUCGCUCGGUGGCAAUGCACGCACCACCAUUGUCAUCUGCUGUUCGCCGGCCAGCUUCAACGAGGCGGAAACCAAGUCGACGCUCGACUUCGGCCGAAGAGCAAAAACGGUGAAGAAUGUAGUCUGCGUGAACGAAGAGCUGACGGCUGAGGAGUGGAAACGUCGCUACGAACGGGAGAAGGAAAAGAAUGGUCGCCUGAAGGGUAAGGUGGAAAAGCUGGAAGCCGAACUGGCAAGAUGGCGAGCGGGUGAGACCGUAAACGUGGAAGAGCAGCUCGAUCUGCAGGACGUUAUGGAAGCUAGCACGCCGAACGUGGAAGUUCUGCUGGAGAAACCUUCGGAUCUGCCGGUACCGGCAACGCCAAGUGGCUUGACAAUGGUCGGUUCGAUCAAUGCCGACGAACGUGCCGCCCUGGAGCAGGAACGAGAACGCCUCUACCAGCAGCUAGACGAUAAGGAUGAAGAGAUCAACCAGCAGUCGCAAUACGUUGAAAAACUAAAGGAGCAGAUUAUGGAUCAGGAAGAACUGAUCGCCAAUACCCGGCGAGACUAUGAAAAUUUGCAAGCAGAAAUGACUCGCAUUCAGCAGGAGAACGAGAGCGCCAAGGAGGAGGUUAAGGAAGUCCUUCAAGCGCUUGAAGAACUUGCCGUUAACUACGAUCAAAAGUCCCAGGAAAUCGAAUCGAAGAACAAGGAAAUCGAUUCCGUAAACGAUGAAUUGCUGCAGAAACAGACUUCCUUGAACAGUGCACAGUCGGAACUGCAACAGCUGAAGGACAUGUCUGCCCACCAGAAGAAGCGCAUCAAUGAAAUGCUCAGUAAUUUGCUGCGUGACAUCUCCGAGGUUGGUCAGGCUCUGGCUGCCGAUCCGAACGAUAUGAAACUGAACGUGGAAGCCUCCGCCGGUAAGCUCGAGGAGGAGUUCACUGUUGCCCGGCUGUACAUUAGCAAGCUGAAGUCAGAGGCGAAGAACGUCUCCCAACGGUGCUCGAAUUUGGAAAACCUACAACAGGAAGCCAACAAAAAGGUCGGCGAAUACGAGAAAGAUCUCAGCGAAUGCAGGUUGCUAAUUUCUCAGCACGAGGCCCGUAUGAAGUCACUACAGGAAUCGAUGCGAGAAGCAGAAAAUAAGAAGCGCACUUUGGAGGAGAAUGUGGACGCUCUGCGCGAAGAAUGCGCCAAACUGAAGGCCGCCGAACAGGUAUCGGCCGUGAAUGCGGAAGAGAAACAGAAGGCUGACCAGCUGAAGGCUGCAUUCGAGAACCAGAUGGAUCAGCUGCGGGACGCGCACACCAAACAGGUUUCCGCUCUGCGAGACGAAAUCUCCGAGAAGCAGGAGUUCAUCAACGAACUGAAGGAUACCAACCAGAAGCUGUCGCUUGCCCACCAACAGAUGACGGCCGAUUACGAGAAGUUGCGCCAGGAGGAAGCGGAGAAGUCCGCCAAACUGCAAGAAUUAAUGCUCACCAACGAGCGACGAGAGCAGGCUCGUAAGGAUCUCAAGGGACUAGAGGACACCGUAGCCAAGGAACUGCACACUCUGCAUGCCCUACGCAAGCUGUUUGUGCAAGAUCUACAGUCUCGCAUCAAGAAGUCCAACAAUAUGGAGGAAACCGAAGACGACGGUGGCUCGUUGGCCCAGAAGCAGAAGAUCUCCUUCCUCGAGAACAACCUGGAACAGCUAACCAAGGUGCACAAGCAGCUGGUGCGGGAUAACGCCGAUCUGCGCUGCGAGCUGCCGAAGCUGGAGAAACGGCUCCGCACUACGAUGGAGCGCGUGAAGGCUCUCGAGACGGCCCUCAAGGAGGCCAAGGAAGGUGCAAUGCGUGACCGCAAGCGCUACCAGUACGAGGUGGACCGCAUCAAGGAAGCCGUCCGGCAGAAGAAUCUGGCCCGGCGAGGACCGCAGGCGCAAAUUGCAAAGCCAAUCCGUGCAGGCCAGGGACACAUUCUGUUCAAGACGGCUGCUGCAGGCAGUAGCGCCGGCUCACCGGUGACACCAAAGGCGGUUAUGGUGGAGAAGAGAAAAUCCGUUGUCAAUGAUACGGAAAGUUGAAUUGGCUAAGACUGCGCCACAGUUUCCCCAGUGCGGCUUAGCAAACGCAACUCUAAAACUGCUAUCGUGUAAGCACUAAAUUUUCCACGCUGCAAUUAUAUAUAUACAUAUAUAGAUAUUUAACUCCUUUACACAACACAUACACAAAAACACACAAAGCCGAUGGUCUCACCCGCAGUUCGUUGGGUGUUUUGAGUUGGCACAGACUAGGGAAAGGGAACGCGCCACGAAAUGAUGAUGAUGAUGUUGAAUGACGAUUGUGAACAAGCAAAAUUUUACCGGAAUCAGGACACAUUGAGAUAUUUAGCAAGAAGUAAAUUGAUAAAAAUGAGCACCGCAGCAGCGUGUAUCUACAUAUAUUUUUGGCCUGAGAAUCAACCGAAAGUUUUGCCCGCAUGAAAAGAUAAGAAAAACAAAAAAAAAAAAUAAACCGUUUAUUAGUACCGUUCAAAACGACACUACAGUUUCGAACCGCCGAUCGGAGGAAACUGCUUCUAAUGCAUAGCGGAAAUAAAAGUGUAACACAGAGCAACAGACUUUAGGAAAGGAAAGAUGAUUAUGAUAUGAUACAUGGUGUCUUUAAAUUAUUGCGCUGAUAGAGAUGCAAAACAAGCUAAACAAUUGCAACAUAAUAGUAUAUUAAUAAAUUUGACGCGGCAUCAGUAGCACCAAAAGUUUAACAAACUAAAGAAACAAAAAAAACAGAAAACAGAUCCGGUUUAAAAAGCAAAAACACACACAACACAGAAAAACAGCUUAAAAAUAUGAACAAUGUUUAAUCUUAUCAACAAAGCUGCUUGAUUGAAAACGAAAAAAAAAACUUUGCUAUUGUGCUAAGACAAAGUAUGUGACGCUAAAACUACUAUUUAUUAAAUUAUUGCUUAUUUUUUAAAUAAAGAACCAACAUGAAUAUGACUAUCUACUUACACAUAGAUACACACACACACAGAGAGAGAAGAGCAAAGUAAAGUAAAAAAAUAAAACAAUAUAGUAACAAAUUCAUCACACUUCACAAACAAACAUACAACAAGCGUAUAGGUAUAGACUUUCCAGAAUAAUUAACGCGAUCUUUGACGAGAAUAGCAAAUCAACAACAAAACAAAGGCGACCUUACCUCUUCUAACAACAAGAGUGAGCAGGAGGUGUGAGGUUCGCCAAGUCCAUUUGUUUACUUACUUUCUGAUAGUAGCGCGCGAGUUUUUUUGUUAACAUCUGGUUUCGGGAACUGAGUGUUUUAUUUUUCGUUUUUUCUAUACUUUAAUUUACGCAGUCUAAUUCAAAUUUAAGGUUUUGUUGGUUCCUUAUCGUGAUGCUGCUAGAGUAGACAGACAGCAGACACUAACUUUUGCACCAGAUUAAACAGCAGACGAGAACUUUCCAAAGCUAUUUUCUUGUUAGUGCUUAAUCAAUAAAACACAGACACGGUUUGAUACUAAAAGAGCGGUUAUUUUCUACUGGCAGUGAUAGAGUUUAGUACAUUGCAAAUCAGGAGAAGAUUAGAUUAUUCUCGGUAGUGUUAAACCCUUAAUUAAAAAAACAAAAUUCGCGUCUCCCAAGUUAGUGGCUUACUACUACUGCAUUGCAUUGUGUCUCGUCGUCGUUCGUUGCAAUAUAUGGUUGUUGUUCGGCAUCGGACCAAUCACCACUGAUCUGAUCGAUCGCCUGCUUCUUCUUUAUCCAGUGUUGCCGUUAAAAGAAUGCAGGAGCAAAAAAAAAACAUGCGCAAAAAUAGUAGCAAUGUGAAGUACUAUACUUAGCAAAAAAAAAGAUAGAUUCACAGAAGACAGAAAACAAUAAACAUUGGA